UCUGUGCAGUGUAGUGGAAUGUUACCUUCAUAUGGCCCUCUCUCUACAUCCAACAUCUAAUGGGAUAAAAGCCUGCUAACACAGCAUGUAAAGACAGAUUUAGUUUUGGCCACUGCACUCCAGACUCCUAGAGGAGUGUGACCAAAUGCCCAUCAACCAGGUGGACGUGGCACAGAAUCUCUUCCAGGUACUUCUGACCGUUCCCAGAAGUAAUCUACUGAAGACUUAUGAGCAAAAGUCAUCUUUAGCAAGAGCACCCACCGCUCGCCUCUUCCUGGGUCUCGGGUGUUUGUCAGGACAUCUUUCACCAGAAUCCCGACCCCAGCUCAUGAACUCCCUAACUUCAACUGAUGCUGUCAUGUACAGAAUUCUAAGACUAUAUUUCUCAGGUUUCUUUGCUACUACUACGUAUGGUUACAGGAUUCAGUUCUGGCCAAUAACAUCACUUCCAGCGCACCUACCAAAAAUGAGAAGUGGGCGGACAGUGUUAAAUGCAUUCAGAAAAGAAAAUCAGAAGAUGUGAAGGUAUUCUGAAAACCAGAAAAGCACUAUACAAGGUGGCCAUCAGCAAGAAGUAAAAAAUAUAAAAAGAAAGGAGAAUCACAGGUAAAAGAUGCCUCCUUUCUGCAGCAUAUGUGGACAGCCACAAAUGGGAAGCAAGAGAAAAAGAACAUUGUCACCUUGCUGUUGCUUUUUUGAGGCCCCGCAACCAAUUUCACUUGACUGAAGAAGAUGUCUUGGUGUGAAGGAUUAAAAUGGAAUCUUGAGUUACCACGCUACAGAAGCCAACUCAAUCCAACGUAUAUCAAAAAGAUUUGGUACCAUGAGACUGCUGUUUAAUAUCACUUUCUGAGCAACUGAUCUAGCAUCUUUAAUGGAUAAAACAUAUGAGAGAAAGCUGCCUGUUAGUUCUUUAACAAUAUCACGGUUUGUGGACAACAUUUCAUCUAGAGAAGAGAUAGACCAUGCAGAGUAUUACCUUUACAAAUUUCGACACAGCCCCAAUUGUUGGUACUUGAGAGACUGGACUAUCCAUACCUGGAUUAGGCAGUGUUUAAAAUACGGUGCACAAGACAAAGCCUUAUAUACUCUUGUAAAUAAGGUCCAAUAUGGAAUUUUUCCAGAUAACUUUACAUUCAAUUUACUGAUGGAUUCUUUCAUAACAAAAGAAAAUUACAAAGAUGCUUUAUCCGUGGUUUUCGAGAUCAUGCUGCAAGAAGCCUUUGAAGUGCCUUCUACUCAGCUUCUGUCCCUCUAUGUUUUAUACCAUUGCCUGGCCAAGAAGACAGACUUCAGUUGGGAAGAGGAGAGGAAUUUUGGUGCAUCGCUAUUACUCCCAGGCCUAAAGCAAAAGAACUCAGUGGGGUUGAGUUCCCAGUUGUAUGGCUAUGCACUUCUUGGGAAGGUGGAGUUGCAGCGAGGGCUCCGGGCUGUGUACCAUAACAUGCCUCUGCUGUGGCAACCCGGCUACCUCAACAGAGCCCUUCAAGUGAUGGAGAAGGUGGCCUCGUCCCCGGAGGACGGGAAGCUGUGUGCAGAAGCGCUGGAUGUGCUAGACAGAGCGCUGAAGGCUGUGACUGCUCCAGCCUGUGGGUCUUCAGAGGCACAGCCCCAAGAAGAAGACAGCCAGGGCUCAGAAGAACUGGUGGAGCAGUUGGACGUGGAGGAAACUGAACAGUCCAAGCUUCCCCAAUACCUGGAACGAUUUAAGGACUUACAUUCUAAGCUUGAGGCUUUGGGCAAAGUUGAAUCAGAAAGUCCUUUGACUCUGACCAUCCAGCUCGUCAAGGAACAGCUCCCCACCUUUGAAGCAGAGGAUAUCGCAACCUAUGAGCAGAAGCUGCAGCAAUGGCAUCUGGAACGGGUACACUUGAUUCAGAGGGAACAGGAGCAGAGGGAGAAGGCAAAGCAGGAGCAUGAGGCCCGGAGGGCAGCAAAGGCAUCUGCCUAACAGGCCCUCAGGCCCUCAGGCCCCACAGAGGAACUUCACUAGGCCCUGUCCUAGGAUUCUUGCUGACCAUGAUGGCAGCCUCAGCUUCCUCUGCCUGUCGUCUCCUUUUCCUCAAGCAGGCUGCUUGUGACAGAAAGCCACAGUGUUCAACAUAUUAAGGCACUGUGACUUCCCAUCAGAUGCCUAGGAGGGCUGCUGAGCUCUGAGUGGCAGGUGAUCAGACUGAAGCCCCAGCUAAACACCUUAAAAAGGUGCUAUCAAGGCUUAUGGUGGGGUUUCCGGGGUCAGGGAUCAGUGUUGAACGUUGAAAGUCCCUGAUACAUAGCAGUGGUGGAGGGAGAGGCCGUGUUUGAAAGCCUGGUCUUGAGCACAGGCUUCUGAGUGGCCUCUCUCCCCAGCAGGCAAACUGCACGUCCUGAGGCCUCCUCCCCCUCAGUGUCCUCCCAGCCUGAGCUGGGUGUGGGACGCCCACACAUCUCACUUUCUCCCUCCCCCAUGUCUCUGCUCUGCAGACCUAAACUGGGAAGAAGUUGAGGACAGGAAUGAACAUGACACCAUGAACCCACUGGCUUUCAAAUUGUAGGCACCCACAGUAACAUUUUUAGAAUGGAAACGUUUUUGAGGAGAAAGAUAACUCUAGCUCUGAACCCUCCUGAGCUUGGCUUCUCCAUCACAUUGGGGUAACUUCUUUCCAAAGCAUUGUCUCAGCUCCUUCCUCGAGGAGGUAAAGUGAGCCUUUUGUGUCCACGCAUGCACACAUGUGCAACUUGUGAACACACAUUGCAGUUGGAGAAAUAGGAGAAAACGAGAGGUAGGAUGGGGUUUGUAGUGCAUAGGCGACAUUAACUGUGAACCUCCCAGGGAGUGGAAAUUCCUUCCUGAAGUUUCUCUGUGAAAGGGGUCAGGGGCAGCUCCUGCUUGCUGUAUACAUUUGCCUGUAAGUACAGUGGUAUACUUUUAUUCAAGGUCGUGCUCUUUUAAUCAAGAACCUGUGGAAAUAAAUGUUCUGGGAUUAUUUUGGUAUAUUCUUUAUCUUUGUGGGAAGGGAGGGAGAGAGGAAGUCACACCAUCAGCAUGGUGAUUCUGAUUGUGAACAACAAAUUUUUAACCUUUCGUCUCCAUCAGACUUUGCACCACACCCGUUAACAUUUUUUGAGAGCUAACUGUGCCGACACCUCAGGCAGCCCUGUGACGGAGGCCAGAGCAAUCCCAUUCUUGAAUGAGGAAACUGGCUGGCACUGCUGCUCACCCUGCGUGUUAUGUCCAUCCAUACCUGCAGGCCACAUCCAACGCAGGGUCUUGUGGGUGGGCAAAGCUGAGUCGUACCUAGGUAGAAGGUCAUGACCAAAAGUCACUUGUGACAUUUUAGUUGAUCAGGGGCUGGGCUUUUUCAGCCACUCCCUUACCAUAUCCAAAGGAAGGUUCAAGAUAAAUCAGAAGGCCCCUUUGCUCAGUAAAUUACUGACCAUCACGGCCUGAAGCAUGUUGUUAAUACUUCAGCUCAUAAUUUGGCCUUCUCUUUCCUCCCCAUCUGUCCCUGUCGCACUUGAUUUCCAGUAUUACCAGAGUGGGGAGCAUGAAAACUGCUGAGCAGCAGCGAAAUGCCCUACUCUCCUCUCCAGCUGUGUUGUCUUGGCACCAGCCUUUGCAUUUUGUUUUCAUACCUCGUAGCUGGCCGUGGAUAUCAGAUACAUGCGUGGUAUUUUUGUUGUAGGUUUUACAUGCAGUCAAAGGCCCCCAAAAUUUGUUUAUUAAAGUCAUUUUUUCACUGUGAAUCAAAUAGCAUCUAGUGAGUAGAUGCUGCUAAACAUCGUACGAUGCAAUAGGACAGCCCCCAUGGCAGAGAAGUAUCUGGUCCAAAAUGUCAGUAGUGCCCUGAGGUCAGAAGCCAUGGCCUAGGGUGUGUGAGCAGGGCAUCCACGGGCACGUGUGUACAAAUGGCUCAUUUACAAAUGGCAUUUCUCAAGCUAAAAAAAUAAUUAACAUAUCUAAUUAUUUUAAUAUUUAAUAAAAUAAUGGUUUCUUAUCUAAA